CUACGGAAACAAAAAAAAUGUCAAUUAUCUAAAGAAAACUGUCAAACACAUUUUGUUAUUUUGAUCAAAUAUCACAAAAUUUUUAGUUUUGUAAUAACUAAAUCCACAAUUUAACCAAGCAAGAUGCGGCUUAAUAUAUAUCCCCUUCCACCUCAACGAAAAAUACCAGAGUUCGAAGAUAAAGAGGUCAGAACGGUGCAGCAGGAUCCAAGGUUUCAAAAUACAAAUAUGACAAACUGGUGCUAUACGAGCUUCGUCGAUUACAAACGGUGCCAGAGACUUCUUGGUGAAAGUCACGAGUGUUGCCCUCAGUUUAAGAAAAUUUACAAAGCAAUAUGUCCAAACGCAUGGGUAGAAAGAUGGGAGGAGCAAAUUAAAGAUGGAACUUUUGCUGCUACUUUGCCAGAAAAGAAGAAGUAAAAGCGUGAACAAUUUCGAUCAAAAUAUGUAUUUUUACUAGAUUAAAUUUGUUUUGUCCUCA